CUCUCUCUUCUCCAUUCUCAUUUCGAUUAUUCAGUCCAACCUUUUCUUUCUCUUCUAUCAUCCCACUCAAUGCUUGUGGAAAUAUUUCUCUUUAUUUCUACAUGUUUCCACUUGUCAUUGUCUGCACCUAUCCCAUAUCCUGGAUUCUUCGAACGUAAAAAUCUUCUACCACCGCUUUUACGCGAUCCUUUAGCAACUUUGAUUGGGGAAACAUGUUAUGUGUCUUUAGUGGAGGAUUUCAACAUUACAGAUACUCUUUGUUUGAAAUAUGCACUGUCCAAAGUGCUUGGGUUUGGUAUUGUGUUUGGUAGUGCUAUUAUUAAGGUACCUCAAAUGGUCACGAUCAUCUCCAAAAGGUCAGCCAAGGGACUUUCACUCGCAUCUUAUUAUCUGGAAACUUAUGCUUACAUUAUCAUCUUGGCUUACAAUUUACGACAGGCCAAUCCUUUCAGUACUUAUGGUGAAGUGGUAUUUAUUGCUAGUCAAAAUGUACUCAUCACUCUCAUGAUCUUUUGGUAUGGCAGGCGACCGACUUCUUCUUCUUCUUCGAUAUUAUGGACACUGAAUUGUAAUGCAGCGGCAUUUAUUGGCGUAUUUUGUGUUCUGUUAGUACCUAGUUGGAUACCUGAUUGGUUAUUAUCAAGUCUAUAUGCUAUCACGAUUCCCAUGACAUUGGCCAGCAAACUUCCUCAAAUUUAUACCAAUUAUGAAAAUCAAUCUACUGGUCAACUUUCAGUCUUUGCCGUGCUGAAUUAUUUUGCAGGAACAACUGCACGUGUGUUUACAACCAUGACAGAAUUGGAUGAUCCUCUGAUGUUGGCUGGGAAUGUAUUGGCAAGUUUACUCAAUGGUGUCUUGGUUAUGCAAGUUUAUCUCUAUUGGGGCAAAUCUAUGAAUGGAUCUACUGUGACAACAACUAUUGUGAAUGAAGACAAGAUGGAGGCAAAGGCUGAUUGAUUUACUUAUAUACAGUAGUCGACAAGGAUCAUUGGAUCACCAAAAUGGAAAUGGGUCAUAUAAAAAUCUGAUUGGGUCAACUUUUUGAAAAUGGGCCAAGCUGUGAAAUCUGGGUAACGUGUAGGUCACCGUUUUUUUUUUUUCUUUCUUUCUUUC